AUGUUUGACGUUUUGAGAGCACGGUCGGGUACGGUGGCCGGGAUGUGCCCAGAUUCAUUUCAUACGGAAGUGAAGAACUGCAGGGAGCUGCGACCUGCGUGGCAGGUGAACAAAUGCAGAAACCAGUCAAACUUCAACCUACCUUUUCAAUCCACUUGUUUUGCAGAGGCUACUAUGGCCACAUCUAAAUUAAUGAGAGCCAUUAGGGUGUCAGAGUUUGGAGCGCCUUCAGUUUUAAAACUCUGCACAGACCUGCCUGUGCCAAAUCCUGGUCAGAAAGAGGUUCUGAUUCGAGUCCAUGCAUGUGGCGUAAACCCAGUGGAGACAUACAUCCGCUCUGGAUCCUAUGCUCGAAAACCCAGCUUGCCCUAUACUCCAGGAUCAGAUAUUUCUGGUGUGGUUGAAGCUGUUGGGGAUGGUGUUUGCCUCCUACGGACAGGUGACAGAGUCUUCACCACAGGCACAGUGACGGGAGGAUACGCUGAGUUUACUGUGGCCUCAGAGGACACUGUUCACAAGCUUCCUGAUUCCCUAGACUACAAAAAGGGUGCAGCUAUUGGAGUCCCAUAUUUCACUGCAUACCGGGCAUUAGUUCAAAAGGCUCAUGCCAAAGCAGGAGAGAUAGUUCUUGUCCAUGGAGCCAGUGGUGGGGUAGGCAUUGCAGCGUGUCAGAUUGCACGAGCAUUUGGCCUUAAAGUUUUGGGUACAGCAGGGACAUCUGAGGGUAUGCAGCUGGUGCUCAGCAAUGGAGCUCAUCUUGCAUUCAACCACAGAGAAAAAGACUAUUUGGAUCAAAUUAAGAAUGCUACCAGUGGAAAAGGUGUGAAUGUGAUCAUUGAGAUGUUGUCCAACGUCAACCUCAGUAAUGAUCUUCACUUGCUUGACUUUGGUGGCAGAGUUAUUAUUGUUGGCUCUAGAGGCCCUAUUGAAAUCAACCCCAGAGACACCAUGAUGAAAGAGACCAGCAUCAUUGGUGUGGCUUUAUACAAUGCAACUAAUAAGGAAACAUCUGAGUGUGCUGCAGCUCUUUUUGCAGGAAUGGAGACAGGCUGGUUGAAACCUGUCAUUGGUCCUGAAUAUACACUUGAUAAAGCAUCCCAGGCUCAUGAAGACAUCAUCAACAGCCCUGGAGCUAGUGGAAAGAUGAUUUUGAUUAUCUAAAAUUAUGCAGGAAGUAAAAAAUCUGAUCCAGUGCAACAUAACUAAACUCUCAUUGCAUUAAAGGGAGUGUCUUAUUUUGUGUUCACAGAAGUAAGAAACUCAUACACGUUUGGAACAAAAAUGAAAAUUCUGCCAUUAUUUAGUCAGCCUCAUAUUGUUCCAACCCUGUAUGAAUUUCUUUCUUUGCUGAACACUAAUGAGUAUAGUUUGAAGAAUGUGGGUAACCAAACAGUUGAUGGUAGCCAAGAAUGAAAAAAAAAAUACUAUGGAAGGCAAUGGCUACCGUCAACUGUUUGUUGCUACAUUCAGCUACAUGAUAUUUUAAUGUAUGAAUCACAUAUGUGAAACGGACCAUAGAGACCUGUUUUGUGGAAAUGAAAUUAAAUAAACAGAUAAUUAAAUUUUCAAGUCAAGUCACCUCUAUUUAAAUAGCACUAUAUGCAAUAUCAAGUCAAGUCAAGUCACCUUUAUUUAAAUAGCACUAUAUGCAAUAUCAAGUCAAGUCAAGUCACCUUUAUUUAUAUAGCGCUUUUAACAACACUGAUUGUGUCAAAGCACUUAACAGUAUCAAAUUGGAGGAUAGAGUGUCAGUAAUGUAUAAUUAUAAGAUUAAACACUCAAUUUUCAGUUAAUGGCAUUCCAUUAUUGAAUUCAGAGAUGUCAUUGUUUAGCUCAGUUUAGUUUAAAUAGUAUAUGUGAAAUCAAAUUGACGAUAAUUGCUAGAAAUUAAGUGUCCCCAACUGAGCAAGCCAGAGGCGACAGCUGCAAGGAACC